AAACGGGAGAGAAUAGUCUAAUUGUUUGAGUAGGAUUACAGCGCAAAAGCCUUUUUACAAUGUUUUGAAUUUUUAAGCCGCGCGCGAUCGUUGUCCAUCAGCGAACAAGAACGCUGAGACUGAACCAAUGAGAUUCGCGGAUUUCAUAUAGAACACAGCUAAGUGGCUACUGAUAACGUUGAAAGGAGGGUAAACGAACGGAAAGCCAGAACUGACUGGGGGCCGGCUUUGAUAAAACUACAUAAACACGUGACUGCGCAAGGGAGACCAAGCGCUCCGCAAUUCCGUCACUCACUUCUUUCACCAUGCACCAUGUGGCGUGCCCCCGACCGACCCCAGACCUCCUUGAGUCAAUCUUCUUUCUCGGCCGUUUGCGCGAGGAAGACUAGGUCAAAGAGGUGUAACGCGAAGGAUUGUGGUCAUUCGAACUGAAAGUGUGUUUUGUGGUACAGUGCAGGCUGCCCAGGGGAGAAAAAUGGCCGCAAAAUUUGAUAAUUUGCAGCUCGCUUUGCUCAAGCAAUUCGUGGACUUAUGUAAAGAAAAACCGCAUCUGCUUCAUGCUCCACAACUGAAGUUUUUUAAGGACUGGCUUGUAAGCAUAGGUGCGAUGAUCCCUCCACCACCAGAGGAACCAAAAGAACCGGAGCCAACUCCAAAACCAGCUGAAGAACCAAAAACAGCUGAAGAACCAAAAACAGAGGAACAUAAGGAGCCUACACCUGAACCUACACCCAAACCACCAGAGGAGGCAGCACCAGAGGAGCCUGUGGACAGUGAAAGUGAGGAGAGCGAUGUUGAUAUUGACCGAGAAGGAUGUAUUGAACCAGACAAUGAUGAACCUCAGGAAAUGGGAGACUCGAGCAUCGAGGUUACAGAUGAAAUGAGGGAUGAGUCCUCUGACAAGAGAAUGCAGGCCACAAUGGCUAUGAAUGAAGAAAACUAUGAUGAGGCUAUAAAGCUUUUUACAGAAGCUAUUUUUAAAAAUCCAUCAGCCAACAUGUAUGCUAAACGUGCAAGCUGUUUCAUUCGCAUGAAGAAGCCAAAUGCAGCCAUCAGAGACUGUGACGAGGCUAUAAAGAUCAAUCCAGACUCAGCCCAGCCAUACAAGUGGAGAGGGCGGGCUCAUAGACUUUUAGGUCAUUGGGAAGAGGCAAUGAAGGAUCUCAGCAUGGCUUGCAAACUGGAUUACGAUGAUGAUGCUAAUGAGUGGCUCAAGGAAGUCAAACCCAAGGCACAACUCCUUGCUGAGCACCAUAGAAAAUAUGAAAGAAAACGACAAGAGAAGGCUGAAAAAGAAAAAAUGGAUAAAAUAAACAAGGUAAAAGAAGCACAAGAAAAAGCAAAAAAGGAAGAGGAAGAGAGAAAAAAACGUCAAGAAGAGACGGCUGGAAGUCACCGUGGAGGCUUUUCCGGAGACUUUUCCGGGGCUGGCGGAUUCCCUGGAGGUGCUGGGGGAUUCCCUGGGGGAUUCCCUGGGGGAUUCCCUGGUGCUGGAGGGACAGGAGGCGGAGGAUUCACAGGAGCAGCUACUGCAGGUGGCCAAACACCAAACUUGCACGAUCUUCUUAGUGAUCCAGAGUUAUUGGCCGCAUUUCAGGACCAAGAGGUGAUGCAAGCCUUUCAAGACGUGAGUCAGAAUCCCCAGAACAUCUCAAAAUACGACCACAUCCCUAAAGUGAAAAUGAUCAUCGAUAAACUGGCCAAGAAGUUCGGACCCGCGGGAGAAGGCCCGCCGCCCGAUAGUGGGUUUCCUGGCGGCAUGCCAUUUGGAAACAUGUUCGGCGGCCAGUAACAUUGGUGUUGCUGUAGCUUCGUGAGUUUGGGCGACAGGACAAGUGGAAGUCUUCUUUUUUAGGAUUAAAAAAAAAAGAUUUGAGAUUUUCAUAAAUGGGACGAGUAAACUGUUUGUGGAUGUUAACUGUCUGACGUAUCUUAGAUAAGCAGAACUCAGGACUCGAGCGUUUAGCCAGAAUAUGAAGCUAAGGCUGACGUUAUUUCAGCAGACAGUCAAUGUGAAAACUUACAAAGUUUAUCCAGUUCUGCUGAAAUAUGAAAUGACGGAUUGAUUUUAGUUAUGUUAAAAGUUCUUUACAGGUGAAAUUCGGUAAGGUGCAUGUUUGUGUUUAAAUGCCUAUUCGCACUUGAAGUUUUUACGUGUUUAAAACAACGGCGAAGAAGAAACGUUUUGACCACUUUAAGAGUUAAGUGUGAACCGAGACAGAAGAGCAUAGAAGAAGCUGAACUGAACGUGAAGAAUCUAACACUGUUAACGAAUGUGUCGCUGCAAUAAAUAAGUAGCUUUCCGGCAUUAAUCAUAUUAUGCUUAAGUUGCGUUGCGUGAAUUUUGUGAAUUGUGUUGCCUUUAGAAAAUAGCCGAAAGAUAAAACGCGCGCUGAUUGGUUUAAAAUAAAAUUAGAUUAUUCGCUCGAGAA